UUGAAAUCUUCCGUUGGUCUCACUGAGGAUGGCAUCCAGUCGGUGGUCAUGAAUUUUCCACAACUUGUGUGCAGAGACGUUACCAAGGUUCUCAAACCAAAUUAUGAUUAUCUGAGGGAGUGUGGGUUUGGAGAUGCCCAGAUAGCAAUCAUGGUGUCUGGUUAUCCCCCUAUUUUGAUUAAGAGUAUUAAGAAUUCACUACAACCUAGGAUCAGAUUCCUAGUCCAGGUGAUGGGAAGAGGCAUUGAUGAAGUGGCUUCUUAUCCUGAAUUCUUUCACCAUGGAUUAAAGAAGAAGGUAGAAUCACGGUUUAAACUUGUCAAAAGGAACAACAUUGUCUGCAGCCUUAGAGAAAUGCUCGACUGUAGCACAAAGAAAUUUCAUGACAAGUUUGGCUUUUCAGAGAGUGUUUUCCAGAUAUCAUCGAUUCCAACACUUUUCUUAUGAAUCCAUAGAGUGUUGUCCCCUUGU